AUGACUCUUAGAAUGAGAGGAAAAUGUGAUAGGCUGCAUGAUCCAGCAUUCGAUGGCUCUAUGCUCAUUAUUUCCACCGGGUUUAAUGUCUUCGAUAGUAAUGACCUCCCAUACCAUUCUGAUAAUAUUGAAAUAUGCUGUGCAUUAAAAGGAUUGCAUUUGUAUCGUAGACGCCAGCAGCCUCUAGAUUCGCAAGGAGCCUGA